UUCCUUCUGUAUUUCCUCUCCACUCACCUAUCAUAGGACACAGUUUAGCACCCUGCCUCAGGAAGAUAAUCAUGUUCCUCAGAACCUUUCUGCUGGGAAUUCUUCUUUUCAGCAUCCUCUGGACAGAAACUACUCUGGCUGGCUCCAGUUUUUUAAGCCCAGAAUAUAAGAAAUUACAGAGUCCAAAAAGACCCACAGCACAAUUACAUAGUCGUGGCACAGAAGGCUUUAGGGAUACAGAAGAAACAGGAGCAAGAGAUGACAGAAACAAUAUGGAAAUUAAGUUUAAUGUUCCCUUUGAAAUCGGUGUCAAGGUAACAGAAGAAGAGUAUCAAGAAUAUGGACAAGCACUGGAGAAGAUGCUUGGGAACAUGCUUGAAGAGAAUGCUAAAGAAAAUCAGGUGAAGAACUGAGGAAAAAUGAAGGACAAGGACAGCACUAGAUGGCCUGAUGUGUUUUAAAUGUUACUUUAAAAUUAAAUUGUUGCUGAUUUCACAUUUAAAGAAGAGAGAAGUAUGUGAACCUGAACAGUUUGCCCUGACAGACUUUGAAAGGAAUUAUCUAUGAAGGAAGAGUUGGAGCUAAAAAUAGUAAAGAACAAGGUUAAUCACUGGCUGACAUGUAGGCUUAUGUUCUUAUUUUAUCUCUUUUCCUUGAUAAAUAUAGUGACUUUCUAAAUGAUGUGUCUGAAGGCUAUAUGAAUCCUUUCUAAAACUGGUGGAGGCCUCUUAUACUUCUAUACACAUCUGGAACAGAGAAUAAAGCUUAUGCUGAAACUGCAA